AUGAAUAACGAAGCGGCAGACCCCGCGGGCGCCGCCAUGGCCAACCGAGACGAAGCCAUUCCCGUCAUUCGCAUGCCGUUCAUCGAAGACGCAGAGACACCGGCGUGCUCAGGCUCCGAAGAGCAAGUAGAAGAGGCUGAGGGCAAGGCAGGCAAGCGGGACAAACUGAGGGAGCAGGCGAGCCGGAUCAAGGACAAGCUGGACACGUACGGCUCUCCCGAUGGCAGGCAGAGUCUCCAAGACCGCGUCUUCUCCAGCAUCAUCACGCAGAUUAUCGGGAGCGAUGCGCCGGCAGAGGGCGAUGAGGCCGGUGGACCUCUACCCAGAAAGAAGGACAGACGGUCGAAGAAGUAUGUCGACCGGCCAGAGUUUGGACCACGUCUCAUGACAUACAACUUUCGACGCUUCAACGCACGCAUAGGUGUUGUCUUCGUGCUCCAAAACAGGCUGAUUCAUCUGUUCACAUGGCGACGACCUACUGCGACGCUUUCCUUCCUGGCGGUCUACUCCCUACUCUGCUUGAAGCCGCACCUACUACCUCUGGCCCCUCUGGUACUGAUAUUAUUCGGUAUCAUGAUCCCGUCUUUCCUCGCCCGGCAUCCGACGCCUGCAAAUGAUCCUCGCAUCGAGCCUAGCUAUCGUGGUCCACCUACCGCUCCUGCCAGCAGAGUCAAGCCAGCGCCUGACCUCAGCACGGACUUCUGGCGCAACAUGCGAGAUCUACAGAAUAGCAUGGAAGACUUCUCGCGGCUUCAUGAUGCUGCGAAUGAAUACAUCACGCCCUAUACGAACUUUAGCGAUGAGGCCUUCAGUUCGACGCUGUUUCUCUUGCUGUGUGUGCUGAGCUGCACGGCGUUCAUAGGCAGCCGGCUGGUUCCAUGGCGGUUCAUUGCCUUGAGCGGGGGCUGGACCGCGACUUUGGCAGGCCACCCGAGGGCACAAAAACUGCUCAUGUCCUCCCGCAAUCUCAGCCAGUUUCGACAGCAGGUCGAUCACAUGCAGACUGCUUUGCGCAAUUUUGUGGAGAAUGAUGCGCUCAUGGAUGACCCUCCAGAGCUGCGGCAGGUGGAGAUAUUCGAAUUGCAAAAGCAUCAUCCCGAAAGCGACACGUGGGAGUCCUGGCUCUUCUCUCCCAGUCCAUACGAUCCGCUGAAUUCCCAACGCAUGUCUGGUGCUCGACCCAAAGGAACCCAAUUCUUUGAAGACGUCCAGGCUCCGGCUGGGUGGGUUUGGAAGGAGAAGAAGUGGAAUCUCGACCUCUUCAGUCGUGAAUGGGUGGAGCAGCGGAUUAUCACUGGGGUUGAGAUCGAGACGGAGGGCGAGAGGUGGGUAUAUGAUAUUCCGCGUGAGGAAGUCGAUGAGCUACUGGAGUCGCCGACUAGGAACAAGAAGAAGCGAGUGCGAAGCAUUCCGAAAAGCGGAUGGGAAGAAGGCACGGGUCUUGGUCAACGGGGCGAGUGGAGGCGUCGUAGAUGGACGCGGCUGGUGGAGAAACACUCUUCAACUGCUGCAUCUACUGCGGACAAGGCGCCUGGCUGA